AUGAUAAUGAAGCCCAUCAAUUGCCUCUCACUGCCGCUCAGGUAUCCAUAUGAUGGUGGCUGCUUUGUGCAGUGGUGCAGUGCAGUGCAGUGCAGUGCAGUGCAGCAGAUGCAAGCAAAUCAGGUAGGACACGACCCCCAGCCAAAUCAAACCACCGAUGGCUGCUCGGCCAGUCAAUCCUCGAAGGCCGUGAUGCAACACAAAUCCAGUGUGCUGAAUACGUAUGCUGAAAGGGGCAGAUCCGUCCACAAUGGUACUGCGAUAGGCAAGGUCCAGCGCCUCCGGCAAUGGCGCAAAUAUAUGUAA